AGGAGGGAGGGGGAGGGGGCAGGCGCGAGAGCUCACUCAGACACGCCGUGGUGCGGAGAGAUGCGUGGUCGCCGAAGCACAAUCCUGUGAGAUCCGACUCGACGCCGGCGGUUCUCGGUUCACCUCGGGCCCUCGCAGCGGCCCGGCGGGAGCCUCCCGGAGGAAUGGGCGCGCUGCAGUCUCUCCACGGUCGACCGGAGUACCUCGACCUGGCGGAGAAGACGGGAUUCUCAUUCGAACAGAUCCGAGUGCUCCAUGAAAGAUUCAAACAGCUGAGCCACAAUGAGGAAACUCUGCGGAGGAGUCACUUCAACGAAAUCCCAGAUCUUGCGUGCAAUCCCAUCCGAGCACAGAUCAUAGAGGCUUUCUUUGACAGAAGAAACUAUCAUCAGAACGGCGAGGGGACGGUGGAGGAGAUCGGCUUUGAGGAGUUCCUGGUGGUCAUGUCCCAUUUCAGGCCCCCGUCUCUGCACAUGACGGAGGAGCAGCGUGAGAACGUCAGGAGGGAGAAACUGAGAUUUGUAUUCAACAUGCAUGACACAGACAACGAUGGGACAAUAACCCUUGAGGAAUACAGACAUGUGGUGGAGGAGCUGUUAUCGCGCAGCGGCGCUUUGGAGAAGGAAACGGCCAAAAGCAUUGCUGAUGCCGCCAUGUUGGAGGUGGCCAGUAUCUCGAUGGGUCACAUGGAACCUGAUGAAUUCUAUGAGGGAAUUACAUUUGAGCAUUUCCUCAAGUUGCUGGAUGGCUUCGAAAUUGAAUCAAGAAUGAACAUUCGCUUUUUGAACAUGGACACGUCGACCCUGUGUAAGUGAGGUUGGUACAGUAUGCUAAACUAGUUAGUGACUUGGCGAAGACGAAUAUUAUUGUUUUCACAUCAACAGCAACUAUUGCCUGUAUCCUACACCAACUUGUGUCGCUUGCAUUGACUAUAUGCCUUACUCAAGUUUGAACAACUAUGCAGUUCCAAAGAAAAUAUGUACAUUGUGAAUGUAUUAGGAGUAUUUAAUUUGACAUGAAGCAAUAAUAUGAGACAAUAAGUGAUAUAAUAACCAGCCUGUUAGUACUUGGACAAAGCAAUAAUCAAAUAUCCAUGUCUGGAGUAACAGACAGUAUGACUAUGCAUGCAAAUAUGGAUGCUAGAUGAACCUUUACAAAUGUUAUCGCCAUAAGUCAAUAACUGUCAAUAAUCAGGGAUAUAAGGGUUUGUCUUUAAAUGUAUCUAUAUAUGUCUAAAAAUGAUAACAUGACAAUGUGAAAUGCCUUCACUCUGACACUGCAGCAUAUUUAACACGGUGCAUGCUGUGCACAAAACAUUUGCACAAAUAAAAGGACCCCAUGAAACAG